GUGGGCACCGAGUCACCAGGCACAACAGUGGACUCUGAGUCAAUUGGCACGACAGCGGGCACCGGGUCAUCUGGCGCUGGAUCGUCUGGCUCGACAGCGGGCAUCGGGUCACCAGGCAUGACAGCAGGCACUGGGUCAUCAGGUACCGGAUCGUCUGGAUCGUCAGCGGGCACCGGGUCAUCUGGCGCUGGAUCGUCUGGCUCGACAGUGGGCAUCGGGUCACCAGGCAUGACAGCGGGCACUGGGUCAUCAGGCAUUGGAUCGUCUGGCUCGACAGCGGGCAUCGGGUCACCAGGUAUGACCGCGGGCACUGGGUCAUCAGGCAUUGGAUCGUCUGGCUCGACAGUGGGCAUCGGGUCACCAGGCAUGACAGUGGGCACCGGGUCAUCAGGUACCGGAUCGUCUGGCUCGACAGCGGGCACGGGGUCAUCAAGCGUGAUAGGAUCAUCAGGCUGGAUCAGCUGGGUACAGAAAUCAGGCUGAAGUGCGGGUGCCGAGGCACC